GGCGGGACGGCCCGGGGCGGGGCGGGCCUCGGGUGGCUGAGUUCGUCUGCGUGCGUGGGAAGAGCGUGGCGCGCGAGCGCGUCUCCGCCCGGACCCGAGCCCGACACUGGCUGCAGCUGCGAGUGAGCGGCGCGCACGGACUCUGCGGGGCUGGCGCGGCGAUGGGACACCUGUGGCUCUUGGGAACCUGGGGCCUCUGGGGGCUGCUCUUGUGCGCCGCGGACCCCCGCACAGGUGGCUCCAAAAUUAUUCCCAAAGUCACAGAAAUAAUACCUAAAUAUGGCAGCAUAAAUGGAGCGACAAGGCUGACUAUCAAAGGAGAAGGUUUUGCUCAAGCAAACCAGUUUAACUAUGGAGCUGAUAAUGCUGAGUUGGGUAACAGUGUGCAAUUAGUUUCCUCUUUCCAAUCAUUUUCUUGUGAUGUAGAAAAGGAUUCAAGUCAUUCAACUCAAAUUACAUGCUAUACUAGAGCAAUGCCAGAAGGUUCCUACACCGUGAGAGUCAGUGUGGAUGGGGUUCCUGUUACAGAAAGUAAUACCUGCAGAGGUCGCCUUGACAGCUGGGCAUGCACCUUCAAUGCAAAAAGUUUCAGAACCCCAACAAUAAAGAGCAUCACACCUUUAUCUGGAACUCCAGGCACACUAAUAACUAUCCAAGGCAGAAUCUUCACUGAUGUCUACGGAAGUAAUACUGCAUUAAGCUCAAAUGGGAAAAAUGUUAGGAUUUUGAGAGUUUAUAUUGGAGGAAUGCCCUGUGAGCUUCUCAUACCACAAUCUGAUAAUUUGUAUGGUCUAAAACUAGAUCAUCCAAAUGGAGACAUGGGUUCUAUGAUUUGUAAGACGACUGGAACCUAUAUUGGUCAUCACAAUGUCAGCUUCAUCUUGGAUAGUGAUUAUGGAAGGAGUUUCCCACAAAAAAUGGCAUAUUUUGUUUCUUCUCUAAAUAAAAUUUCAAUGUUUCAAACAUAUGCAGAGGUCACUAUGAUUUCCCCAUCACGAGGAAGCAUUCAAGGUGGCACCAUGCUAACAAUAAGUGGACGAUUCUUUGAUCAGACAGAUUUCCCAAUCAGAGUUCUAGUUGGAGGCCAAGCCUGUGAUAUUUUGAAUGUCACAGAAAAUAGCAUAUGCUGCAAGACACCCCCUAAACCUGAUGUUCUCAGAACUGUAUAUCCAGGUGGGAGAGGCCUAAAGCUUGAGCUCUGGAAUAAUAGUAGGCCAGUACAUCUUGAAGAGAUACUUGAAUACAAUGAGAAAACACCAGGGUACAUGGGUGCCAGUUGGGUAGAUUCAGCUUCCUAUAUCUGGCCUAUGGAGCAAGAUACAUUUGUCGCACGCUUCAGUGGAUUUUUGGUGGCUCCAGAAUCUGAUGUCUAUAGAUUCUACAUUAAAGGUGAUGACCGUUAUGCCAUUUAUUUCAGCCAAACUGGACAUCCAAAAGAUAAGGUGAAGAUUGCGUAUCAUUCUUCCAAUGCCAACAAUUAUUUUUCCAGUCCAACACAAAGUUCAGAUGACAUUCAUCUUCAGAAAGGAAAAGAGUACUACAUUGAAAUCUUGCUGCAGGAGUAUAGACUGAGUGCCUUUGUUGAUGUUGGCUUGUACCAGUAUAGAAAUGUCUAUACUGAGCAACAAACAGAAGAUGCAGUAAAUGAAGAACAAGUUAUCAGAUCCCAGUCGACAAUUGUCCAGGAAAUACAGGUUAUAACAUUGGAAAACUGGGAAAGAACUACUGCAAGGAGUGAAGUUCAAAAGAUAACAGUAACCAGCCCAUGCGUGGAAGCUAAUUCAUGUUCCCACUACCAUUAUAGAUUAAUCUAUAACAUGGAAAGAACUGUCUUGGUACCUGGUGAUGCUUCUGACUUCAUACUGCAAUCAGCUUUAAAUGACCUCUGGUCUAUAAAACCAGAUACAGUUCAAGUAAUAAGAACACAAAACUCCCAAAGCUAUGUUUACAUGGUAACGUUUAUAUCAACUAGAGGAGACUUUGAUCUGCUUGGUUAUGAAAUGAUUGAAGGGAACAAUGUCACCCUGGAUAUUACAGAACAAAUCAAAGGAAAACCCAGUUUGGACACAUUCACACUAAACUGGGAUGGAAUCACUUCAAAACCUCUGACCCCAUGGUCAUCAGAAGCUGAAUUUCAGGCAGCCGUAGAAGAAAUGGUUACUGCCAAGUGUCCACUGCAAAUUGCAAAUUUUGAAGAAGGAUUUGUUGUGAAAUACUUUAGAGAUUAUGAGUCUGAUUUUAACCUGGAACAUAUUAACAGAGGGCAGAAGACAGCGGAAACUGAUGCUUACUGUGGUCGUUAUUCCCUGAAAAACCCAGCUGUUCUCUUUGACUCCACAGAUGUUAAACCAAACAGACUACCAUAUGGAGACAUUUUAUUAUUUCCUUAUAAUCAGUUAUGUUUAGCAUACAAAGGAUUCCUGGCAAAUUAUAUUGCUCUAAAAUUCCAAUACCAAGACAGAAGCAAGAUUACUAGAAGCAAUGAUAUACAAUUUACAUAUAACUUUACUAAUGGAAACAACUGGACCUACACUUGCAUAGACCUUCUGGACCUCAUACAAGCCAAAUACACUGGGACAAAUUUUUCUCUUCAGAGGAUUGGUUUACAGAAGGCAUCAGAAUCACAGGUUUUCUAUGUAGAUACAGUAUACAUUGGACAGACAUCUACAGUGUCUGCGUGGGAUGAAAUGCCAAAGAGAAGACUUCCAGCAUUAGCAAAUAAAGGGAUAUUUUUAAAGAACUUUCAGGUGAAUCAGACCAAAAUUAAUGGAUCAAGUAUUACCAACCAAUAUUCUGUCACCAUGACUUCAUAUAAUUGCAGUUAUAAUAUACCCAUGAUGGCUGUGAGCUUUGCACAGAUAAUCACAAAUGAGACAGAGAAUGAGUCUGUUUACAGAGGAAAUAAUUGGCCAGGGGAGUCAAAGAUUCGUAUUCAGAGAAUUCAAGCCUCGUCUCCACCUCUAAGUGGCAGCUUUGACAUUCAAGCUUAUGGACACAUUCUCAAAGGCCUUCCUGCCACUGUGUCGGCUGCAGAUUUACAGUUUGCUCUCCAGAGUGUGGAAGAAGUGGGACGAGUCUCAGUAACACGGGAGGGAACAUGUGCUGGAUACUCAUGGAACAUCCAGUGGAGAAGCACACGUGGAAGGCAGAAUCUUCUACAGAUUAAUGAUUCCAAUAUUAUUGGAGAAAAAGCUAAUAUGACAGUUACGAAGAUAAAAGAUGGUGGCUUAUUCAGACGGCGCAUACUUGGAGACCUACUUCGUACACCCAACCAACAGCCACAGGUUGGAGUCUAUGUCAACGGAGGUCCAGCUAAGUGUUCAGGUGACUGUGGGUUUACGUGGGAUUUCAUGGCGACUCCAGUAGUCCGGGCCAUAAACCCAUCUCAAGGAUCCUUUGAAGAAAGCACAAUUCUAACUAUAGUAGGCUCUGGAUUUUCCCCCAGUUCAGCUGUAUUGGUCUCUGUUGGACCAGUGGGUUGCUCUCUUCUUUCUGUGGAUGAAAAUGAGAUCAAGUGCCGGAUUCUGAAUGGCAGUGCUGGACGUUUCCCAGUUGCUGUGUCCAUAGCCGAUGUUGGACUAGCACGGAACAUAGAGGGUGAGGUACUCUACUUCAUUUAUCAGAAUCAGAUCUCACACAUCUGGCCUGCUUCUGGGAGCCUGGCAGGUGGUACUCUUUUGACUCUGUCUGGAUUUGGUUUUAAUGAAAAUUCAAAGGUGUUAGUUGGAAAUGAAACCUGCAAUGUGAUUGAAGGGGAUUUGAAUAAGAUAACCUGCAGAACACCAAAAAGAACUGAGGGUACAGUUGAUAUUUCAGUUAUUACCAAUGGAUUUCAAGCCUCAGCAAAGGAUGCUUAUAGUUAUAACUGUUUGCAGACCCCGGUUAUAACUGAUUUUAGUCCAAAAGUACGAACAAUACUAGGAGAAGUUAAUUUAACAGUUAAGGGUUAUAACUUUGGCAAUGAACUCGCACAAAACGUGGAGGUGUAUGUUGGAGGAAGACCCUGCCAGAUUUUUCACUGGAAUUUCACAGAUAUUAGAUGUCUUUUGCCCAAGUUGUCUCCUGGAAAACAUGAUAUCUAUGUAGAAGUCAGAAACUGGGGUUUUGCAUCUACAAGAGAUAAGUUAAGUGCUUCUAUACAGUAUAUUUUGGAAGUGACCACCAUGUUUCCACAGAGAGGCUCUUUAUAUGGUGGAACUGAAGUCACUAUUAUGGGCAUGGGGUUCAGCACAAUACCGACUGAGAACACUGUGCUCUUAGGGUCCUUCCAUUGCAGUGUGAUUUCAUCAUCAGAAAAUGUCAUAAAAUGUAUUCUUCAUUCAACAGGGAAUACAUUUAGGAUUACCAACAGUGGAGAAGAUUCAGUACAUGGAUUAGGUUAUGCCUGGUCACCAUCAGUCUUAAAUGUAUCUGUGGGAGACACAGUGACAUGGCAUUGGCAAACACAUCCAUUUCUCAGGGGAAUAGGAUACAGGGUUUUCUCUGUAUCCAGUCCUGGAAGUGUAAUUUAUGAUGGCAAAGGAUUUAUGAAUGGAAGAGAAAAAUCUGCAUCAGGUUCAUUUUCUUACCAAUUUACUUCACCUGGAAUCCAUUAUUAUAGCAGCGGGUAUGUUGAUGAGUCUCGCUCUAUUUUUCUCCAAGGAGUCAUUAAUGUUUUACCAGCUGAAACCAGGCACAUUCCCCUGCAUCUGUUUGUGGGUACCACUGAAGCUACAUACGCUCCAGGACCUGUGAGUUUGCACUUGGGAAGCUCUGGGACAGACUGCCUAGCAACAGAACCCCAGUGUGGCCUGAACAAUACUGGGGUUAAAAAUUCAGAUAGAUUGGUCUUUGAGCUUUCAAGUUGUUUUUCACCAUCUAUAAGCAACAUUAGUCCAUCCGCUGGAACACUACAUGAAUUGAUAACAAUUACUGGAUGUGGCUUCAGUAAUCUCACAUGUGCUAAUAAGGUUACGAUUGGUAGCUACCCUUGUAUUGUAGAAGAAAGUAGUGAUAAUUCCAUUAUUUGUCAUAUCGACCCUCAAAACUCAAUGGACGUUGGCAUCAGGGAAAUUGUCACAUUAACUGUCUACAACCUGGGCACUGCUCUCAAUACGCUGUCCAGUGAAUCUGAUGGGCGUUUUGUACUUUUGCCAAACAUCGACAUGGUGCUGCCAAAUGCAGGAUCAACUAGUGGAAUGACCAGAGUGACCAUAAAAGGCUCUGGAUUUGCGGUUUCUUCUGCAGGUGCAGAAGUCUUUAUGGGUCAUUUGCCAUGUAAAGUUCUGUCCGUAAAUUACACAGCCAUUGAGUGUGAAACAUCUCCCGCUCCCCAACAGCUGGUGAAAGUGGAUCUUCUAAUACAUGGAGUGCCUGCCCAGUGUCAGGGGAACUGCAGCUUUUCAUACUCAGAAAGUAUCACUGCUUUCAUAACAAGAAUCCUCCCAAACUCCAUCAAAGGACCUGGGGAAGUUCUUAUUGAAGGAGACGGUUUUGGCACUGCCUUGGAAGACAUUGCUGUUUUCAUUGGAAACCAACAGGUCAGAGCAAUAGAUGUUAAUGACAAUAACAUCACUGUGCUGGUGAGUCCUCUCCCAGCUGGACUUCAUCCUCUUAGUGUUGUGGUGGGAAGUAAAGGUGUGGCUCUGGGGAACCUUACUGUUAGCAGCCCAGCAGUUGCAUCUGUCACACCCAUUUCUGGAAGCAUUGCUGGUGGAACUCCUUUGGUGAUCACAGGAAAUGGCUUCUAUCCAGGCAACACCACAGUCACUGUUGGGGAUGAACCUUGUGAAAUUAUUUCUGUCAACUCCAGUGAAGUCUCCUGCAGUACCCCAGCAGGGAUGGUUGGGAGGGUCGAUGUGAAGAUCUCCGUUAAUACAGUUGCUUAUCCAGCUCUGUCAUUUACAUACACCUUGGAGGAUACUCCGCUUCUCAGAGAAAUUGAUCCAAGGACAGGUCCACCAGGAACCCAAAUUCAAAUCACUGGAUCUAAUUUUGGUAUUGAUAUCUUGGAAAUUUCCGUGAUGAUAAACAACAUCCAGUGUAAUGUAACCAUGGUCAAUGAUAGUGUAUUGCAGUGCAUCAUUGGAGAUCAUGCUGGUGGCACCUAUCCUGUCAUGAUGCAUCAUAAGACAAAAGGCUUUGCUGUGUCCACAGUUGUAUUUGAGUACCCACUUACUAUUCAGAAUAUUCAUCCAAGCCAAGGGAGCUUUGGUGGUGGUCAGACCAUGACUGUGACAGGCACUGGGUUUAAUCCACAGACCUCAACUAUAUUAGUGUGUGGCUCAGAAUGUGCAGUUGACAGGCUUAAAUCCGAUUACACAACACUAUUAUGUAAAACUCCACGUAAUAAUGGCAGAGGACCUGAGCAAGCCUGUGAAGUGAGUGUGGUCAAUGGGAAGGAUUUGUCACAGUCCACGACCCCUUUUACGUAUGCCAUGUCACUGACUCCACUCAUCACGGAACUAUCUCCCAAAAGAGGCAGUACAGCAGGGGGCACCAGACUUACGAUCACGGGAUCAGGCUUCAGUGAAAAUAUGCAGGACGUUCACAUCACCAUAGCUGAAGCCAAAUGUGAUGUUGAGUAUUCCAACAAGACGUAUAUCAUCUGUGUGACAAAUGCCCACACCCCUUCAGGGUGGGCUCCAGUUAACGUCAACAUCAGGAGCAAUGGCAUGGCCAAACUGGAUGAUGCUGACUUCCUGUAUGUCGAUGCCUGGUCUUCCAACUUCUCAUGGGGAGGAAAAUCUCCCCCCGAGGAAGGGUCUCUAGUUGUUAUUACAAAAGGACAGACAAUUUUGCUGGAUCAAAAUACACCUAUUCUGAAAAUGUUGCUUAUUCAGGGUGGAACUCUAAUAUUUGAUGAAGCUGACAUUGAACUCCAGGCAGAAAAUAUUCUAAUUACAGAUGGAGGCAUUCUUCAGAUUGGGACAGAAGCAUCCCCGUUUCAACACAGGGCGGUCAUUACCUUGCAUGGGCACCUGCGAUCUCCUGAGCUCCCAGUAUAUGGCACCAAAACUCUGGCUGUGCGAGAGGGAAUCCUGGAUCUGCAUGGUCUGCCUGUUUCUGUGAUCUGGACUCGUCUGGCUCAUACAGCAAAGGCGGGGGAAAGGACUUUGAUUUUACAAGAAGCAGUAACUUGGAAACCAGGCGAUAAGAUUGUAAUCGCAAGCACAGGUCACAGACACGGUCAACGAGAGAAUGAAAAACGCACCAUUGCAUCCGUAUCUGCUGAUGGCACAAACGUAGUACUCACUGACCCGCUGAAUUACACACACUUAGGAAUCACUGUCACACUCCCUGAUGGAACUCUGUUUGAAGCAAGAGCAGAAGUUGGAAUUCUCACAAGGAAUAUUUUAAUAAGAGGAUCUGAUACUAUGGAGUGGAAUCACAAAAUUCCAGCAUGUCCUGAUGGAUUUGACACUGGUGAAUUUGCUACACAGACAUGCUUCCAGGGAAAGUUUGGAGAAGAGAUAGGAAGUGACCAGUUUGGAGGCUGCAUUAUGUUUCAUGCUCCUGUCCCUGGUGCUAGCAUGGUAACUGGAAGAAUAGAAUACGUAGAGAUAUUCCAUGCUGGCCAGGCUUUCCGCUUGGGGCGAUAUCCAAUUCAUUGGCACCUGCUCGGAGAUUUGCAAUUUACAUCUUAUGUAAGAGGCUGUGCAAUUCACCAGGCCUAUAACAGAGCGGUUACUAUCCAUAACACACAUCACCUGCUGGUUGAGUGGAAUAUUAUAUAUGAUAUCAAGGGAGGAGCAUUUUUUAUAGAAGAUGGUAUUGAACAUGGCAAUAUUUUGCAACAUAACUUGGCAGUCUUUGUGCAGCAAAGUACUAGUCUUUUGAAUGAUGAUGUGACCCCAGCUGCAUUUUGGGUAACCAACCCAAACAACACCAUACGACACAAUGCAGCUGCUGGAGGCACUCACUUUGGCUUUUGGUACCGAAUGAACAACCAUCCUGAUGGGCCAUCCUAUGACCGAAACAUUUGCCAAAAAAGAGUUCCUCUUGGAGAAUUCUUUAACAACACUGUUCAUUCUCAAGGCUGGUUUGGACUAUGGAUAUUUGAAGAAUAUUUCCCCAUGCAAACAGGAUCUUGUACUUCUACAGUGCCAGUGCCUGCGAUAUUUAAUUCACUUACUACUUGGAACUGUGAAAAAGGAGCUGAAUGGGUCAAUGGAGGAGCCCUUCAGUUCCAUAACUUUGUGAUGGUAAAUAAUUAUGAGGCUGGAAUCGAGACCAAGAGGAUUCUGGCUCCAUAUGUUGGGGGAUGGGGUGAAACCAAUGGAGCAGUGAUUAAAAAUGCGAAAAUAGUUGGGCAUCUUGAUGAGCUGGGAAUGGGGUCUGCAUUUUGCACAAGGAAAGGCCUGGUUCUCCCAUUUAGUGAAGGCUUGACUGUAUCUUCUGUACACUUUAUGAACUUUGACCGUCCCAACUGUGCAGCUUUGGGAGUGACAUCCAUCACUGGAGUUUGUAAUGAAAAAUGUGGAGGUUGGAGUGCAAAAUUUGUUGACAUCCAGUAUUUUCACACACCAAACAAGGCUGGCUUUCGAUGGGAACAUGAAGUGGUACUGAUUGAUGUUGAUGGUUCACUUACAGGUCACAGAGGACACACUGUCAUUCCAUACAGCUCAUUGCUGGACCCUUCCCACUGCACACAAGAAGCCGAGUGGAGCAUCGGGUUCCCUGGGGCUGUCUGUGACACCUCAGUCAGCUUCCACCGUUUGGCAUUCAACAAGCCUUCUCCAGUAUCUCUGCUUGAAAAGGAUGUGGUUCUCUCAGACUCUUUUGGCACAAGCAUUGUUCCCUUUCAGAAGAAACGACUGACUCAUAUGUCUGGAUGGAUGGCUCUGAUUCCAAAUGCAAAGCACAUUAACUGGUAUUUUAAAGAUGUAGGUCACAUAACCAACAUAUCCUAUACAUCAACAUUCUAUGGAUUUAAGGAAGAAGACUAUGUAAUCAUAUCUCAUAACUUCACUCAAAAUCCUGAUAUGUUUAAUGUUCUUGAUAUGAGGAAUGGCUCUUCAAAUCUGUUGAGUUGGAAUACUAGCAAGAAUGGAGACUGGCACCUUGAAGCAAACACAAGUACUCUGUAUUACUUGGUGUCAGGAAGAAAUGAACUUCAGCAGAGCCAGCCCAUUUCUGGGACCCUGGAUCCUGAUGUGAAAGAUGUUAUUAUUAAUUUCCAAGCUUACUGCUGCAUUCUCCAGGAUUGCUUUCCUGUACAUCCCCCAUCAAGAAAACCAAAUCCCAGGAAGCGACCAGCCACAUAUAACUUAUGGUCAAAUGAUUCUUUUUGGCAAUCAUCUCGAGCAAAUAAUUAUACCAUACCUCACCCAGGGGCAAAUGUGGUUAUUCCUGAAGGAACAUGGAUUGUAGCAGACACAGAUAUUCCGCCAAUGGAAAGUCUCAUUAUUUGGGGAGUUCUAGAACUGGAAGAUAAACACAGUGUGGGAGCUGCAGAGUCUUCUUACAGAAAAGUUGUUCUAAAUGCUACCUACAUAUUGCUUCAGGGAGGUAGAUUGAUUGGUGGCUGGGAAGAUAACCCUUUUAAAGGAGAAUUACAGAUUGUUCUUAGAGGAAAUCGUUCUACUCCAGACUGGGCACUUCCAGAAGGACCAAAUCAAGGAUCAAAGGUCUUAGGGGUGUUUGGUGAGCUGGAUCUUCAUGGAUUUCCACAUUCAAUAUAUAAAACUAAGCUCUCAGAAACUGCAGAGGCUGGUUCCAAAGUCCUAUCUCUAAUGGAUGCUGUGGAUUGGCAGGAGGGAGAAGAGAUUGUGAUAACAACUACAAGCUAUGAUUUCCACCAGACAGAAACUAGAAGUAUCAUUAAAGUCCUGCAUGACCAGAAAAUUCUGAUUCUCAAUGAUACCCUUUCCUACACUCACCUUGCUGAAAGAUACCAUGUUCCUGGAACAGGUCAGAGCUACAUGUUAGCAGCUGAUGUUGGGAUACUGAGUAGGAACAUCAAAAUAUUUGGUGAAGAUUACCCAGGAUGGUUCAAGGAAUCUUUUGGUGCACGUGUCCUGGUCAGCUCAUUCACUGAAAAUAUGAUGACAUUUAAAGGAAAUGCAAGGAUAAGCAAUGUGGAAUUUUAUCACUGUGGUCAAGAAGGCUUCAGGGAUAGCACAGAUCCAAGAUAUGCAGUAACAUUUCUUAACUUAGAACAGAUUCAAGAUCAUGGCUCAUCUUAUAUUCGAGGCUGUGCCUUUCAUAAUGGCUUUUCCCCAGCAAUCGGUGUGUUUGGAACAGAUGGAGUGGACAUAGAUGACAACAUCAUUCACUUUACAGUGGGGGAAGGAAUAAGAAUAUGGGGGGAUGCCAACAGAGUUCGAGGAAACUUGGUGGCACUUUCAGUUUGGCCGGGAACCUAUCAAAACAGAAAGGAUUUAAGUUCAACUCUCUGGCAUGCAGCAAUUGAGGUAAACAGAGGGACCAAUACAGUCUUACAAAAUAAUGUCGUGGCUGGAUUUGGAAGGGUGGGAUACCGUAUUGAUGGUGAACCUUGCUCAAGUCAGUCUAAUCCCAUGGAAAACUGGUUUAACAAUGAAGCACAUGGAGGUUUAUAUGGUAUUUAUAUGAACCAAGAUGGCCUUCCUGGAUGUUCUCUUAUACAAGGAUUUGCCAUUUGGACAUGCUGGGAUUAUGGAAUUUAUUUUCAGACCACAGAGAGUAUGCAUAUCUAUAAUGUGACUCUGGUUGACAAUGGAAUGGCCAUUUUUUCAAUGAUUUACACACCAGCUGCUGUAUCUCACAAAAUUUCCAGUAAAACAGUGCAAAUUAAGAGCUCAUUAAUUGUUGGAAGUAGCCCUGGAUUUAAUUGCUCUGAUGUCCUAACUAACGAUGAUCCAAAUAUCGAACUUUCUGCUGCCCAUCGGAGCACCAGACCUCCAUCAGGUGGGAGAAGUGGGAUUUGCUGGCCUACCUUUGCUUCAGCACAUAACAUGGCACCCCGGAAGCCCCAUGCAGGGAUCAUGAGUUACAAUGCCAUUAGUGGCCUUUUGGAUAUCUCAGAUUCAACAUUUGUUGGAUUUAAGAAUGUUUGUUCAGGUGAAACUAAUGUGAUAUUCAUUACUAACCCUUUAAAUGAAGAUUUACAGCAUCCCAUCCAUGUGAAGAACAUACAGCUGGUUGAUACCACUGAACAAUCAAAAAUAUUCAUACACAGGCCUGAUAUAAGUAAGGUGAAUCCAUCUGAUUGUGUAGACAUGGUUUGUGAUGCCAAAAGGAAAUCUUUUCUCAGAGACAUGGAUGGCUCCUUUCUGGGAAAUUCUGGUUCAGUGAUACCUCAAGCAGAAUACGAAUGGAAUGGAAAUAGUCAAUUUGGAAUUGGAGACUACAGAAUUCCUAAGGUGAUGCUCACAUUCCCAAAUGGAAGUAGAAUUCCUGUCACUGAGAAAGCACCUUACAAAGGAAUUAUUAGAGAUUCAACCUGUAAAUACAUCCCACGAUGGCAGGGCUAUCGGUGCUAUGGGAUGGAAUAUGCAAUGAUGGUUAUUGAAAGCCUGGAUUCUGACACAGAAACUCGAAGACUCUCACCAGUGGCUGUAGUGAGCAAUGGUUAUGUUGAUCUCAUUAAUGGCCCACAGGAUCAUGGCUGGUGUGCCGGAUACACAUGCCAGAGAAGACUGUCCCUGUUUCAUAGCAUUGUGGCUCUGAACAAAUCUUACGAAGUUUACUUCACUGGCACCAGUCCUCAGAAUCUUCGACUGAUGUUGCUUAAUGUUGACCAUAAAAAGGCUGUCAUGGUAGGAAUUUUUUUUCACACACUUCAGCGUUUGGAUGUCUAUGUGAACAAUACAUUGGUUUGCCCCCAAAAUACAAUAUGGAACCCUAAAAAGAAACACUGUGAACUUAAAAGACAUCUGCACACAGAGCAAUUCCUUCCUCACCUGAAUUCCACUGUCCUUGGUGAAAACUACUUUGAUAGAACCUACCAGAUGCUUUACCUUUUGGUUAAAGGAACUAUACCGGUUGAAAUCCACACCACCGCGGUCAUAUUUGUUUCUUUCCAAUUGCCUGCUGUUACAGAAGAUGACUUCUAUAGCUCUCAUAACCUGGUUAGAAAUCUUGCCUUGUUCCUAAAGAUACCAAGUGACAAAAUCCGCGUUAGCAAAAUAAUACAAGGGCAGAGUCUGCGGAGGAAGAGAUCCACGGGACUCACAGUUGAAUUGGAGAUUGGAGAUGCUCCUCCUCAGUUCAUAAACAAUGAUACCACAGGUCAGAUGCAGUUAUCUGAACUCCAAAAAAUUGUUGGUUCUCUUGGACAAGCUGUAAUUUCAGGAAAAACCAGUAGUAUCCUUGGAUUUAAUAUUUCUUCCAUGUCUAUCACCAAUCCCAUCCCCAGCCCAAGUGACUCUGCCUGGAUUAAGGUGACUGCCCAACCAGUUGAAAGGUUUGCAUUUCCUGUUCAUCAUGUGGCCUUUGUGUCCUCGCUCUCAGUGAUCACUCAGCCCGUGGCAGCACAGCCAGGACAGCCAUUUUCUCAGCAACCUGCAGUAAAGGCAGUAGAUUCAGAUGGUGAUUGUGUAUCAGUUGGGAUUACUUCACUGACUUUGAAGGCCAUACUAAAGGACUCCAAUAAUAACCACAUCACUGGUCUUAGUGGAAAUACAACAAUUCCAUUCAGCAGCUGCUGGGCCAACUACACAGACCUUACUCUUCUUAGAACAGGAAAAAAUUAUAAGAUUGAAUUUAUACUGGAUGAUAUUGCCCAGGUGGAAUCUGGGACUCUGAGCCUACCAGCACAGUCUAUCGCUAGUGGUGGUGGCACCAAUGGUGGCAGCAGCAGCAGUGACAGUAGCAGCGGCAAAGCAUCGACUGUGAGCACAGCUGCGCAGACAGUGAUUGUAGUAAUUAGCUGUCUGAUGGGAAGAGUGUUGCUCUUGGAAACAUUUAUGGCCACAGUCUUGAUUUUGAACAUAAAUCUAGGAUGCAACUAAAAGUGUGCUGUUCCGAAGAACAGGCUGAAAACAAAAACACAAGAGCUGCUUUUUACGAGCUAUUUUAUUGCGCAACAAGAAAAAGCCUAUAGCGUUUUCAAGAAAAUAAGCGAAAAAUAUUUUUAUAAUAUAUAAAAUGUACUAAUUAGCUUUCAUGACAAAAAUCAAAUUUAUUCAAAAUAUAAGUCUUUUGAUUCCUUA